AUGUAAUCCCCAUUUCCAAGAAAGAAAUAUCCUUCUAAAACAAUUGUUGUUAGAAAGAAUAAUCAUUUGUUUUCAUCAGCUGAGUAAGGGGACAAAAAACUUAAAUCCUCUAGAGUGAGCAAAGGGACAAGAAAAAAAGGCAAUGUACUAGACAAUUAAGAACUUUUUCAAAUUAAUAAAGCACCUUAAAAGGUGUAGCAUAGUUCUGAGUCAGAAUCAGAUAGUGAUGAUUCAUUUUAGAAAUCUGUUUUAUCAGAAAGCUCAAAAUCUAGCAUAAGAUCAGCAAAAACUAUAAAAUCAAAGUCUUCUAAGAGGCAGAAAAACAACAUAAAGGAUUUGACUUAAAACUUGAUAUAAUAAUACCAAACAAUACUGAGAAAGGCUGAUACUCAAAUGACGUAGCAGAAACAGUACUUUAAUUCAUAACAAUAGGGAAGAAAUAUAGUAAAAGAUGCUUGACCGAAUAGCAGAAUAAGCAACUGCACAGAUGUAUGUCUAGCCUUAUAAGGACAGCAGUGAAUAUGAAAGUGAUGAAGAAAAUUCAGAUCAUUUAUCAUAAUUAUUUUCGGACUUAGCCAAAGAAGAUAAUAAGUCGGAUAAAUCAGAUAAUUCAAUAAUAAGUCUUGAAGUGAUUCAAGCAUAAAAUCUAAUACCUACUAAAUCAAUGAAAGAUAUUUAAUCACAAGGGACACCAGAAUCUUCAAUAUAGAUUCCAAAUGUAGAUCUAAGUGUAAGUUUAUUAUUUACAAUAGACAACUAAUGUAAAGCGUAGAAUAUCAAAUUUCCAUAGUGCUUUUGCUGGAUUCAGUCAUUUAUCUGUUUCAGAAUAAUCUCAAUCAUCAAAUGAAGUAUAAAAAUAUAAGAAUAUUGUAGAUUGAAAUUGAUUAAUUAAGUAAGCUCUAAAAUCACUAUGGGAAAAUCUAUUAAAAAUUAAGCAGUGUUAAUGGAGCAUUACAUAUAAAGUUCAGGAAAAUGAGAAGUUUUUCCAAAUAUAAAUUACUUUAUGUAAAAAUAACAAUUAAUGGAGAGUUCUUAUGAGGAUGCCUAUUCUUUAUUAAUACUAAGAAAAAUUGUAGCUUAUUUUUAUUUGACAACAAAAAGAUUAUCCAAAAUAAUAGUUAGAUCUAAAAUAUAUUAAUAUCUAUUGACAUUUGUGACUUUAGGAAAUAUCAUUUUAUUUAUAUAUGAACAUUUAAAUUAUUCUGAUUAGAGCUUAAUUGCAAUUAAUUUUGGUAAAGAUAACACUAAUAAUAUAGUUUUUUUGUGGUUAUAUAUUGUAGAUAUUGUCCUUCAAUUAUUUGCAUUUGGGUUAUUUAGAUCUAAAUUUAUAUUUCUAGGAAGAGUGAUUGAUACAUUUUUAAUAGUUAUGUUUUAUUAUCAUUUAGCUUACACUAAAUCUAUAAUAAAUAUAACACCAUUAAGAAUGAUGAGAUUAUUAAAACAAUUAGGAGCAAUAUUUGAGGGUAUUAGAAAUUUAUUACUUAGGAUUGUAAAGGAUGAUUGAAGCAUUAAUAGAGUCAUUAAAAUUCAUUUUUGAAUCUACAGCUGUUGUUAUUUUAUUUGUUUUAUUUUUUGCAUCUUUAGGGAAUUCUUUAUUUAUGGGUUUAUUCAAUGAACGUUGUUUACCAUCAGAAGAAGAUGAAUGGAUUUAAUGUCGUUAAGGAGAAUGUCCAGAUGGUAAAAGUUGUGUGAUGACUAAUAAGGCUUUUAAUAUUCCUACUAAUUUUAAUAAUGUAAUAUAUUCUUUUGGUUUGAUGUUAAAAACAGUUACAAUGGAUGAUUGGAGUUGGGUGAUGUAUUAUACUAUAAGAGCUUUUCAUCCAAUUGUAUGGAUAUAUUAUGUAUUGAUUAUUUUUGUUGGUGGUUUUUUUGGAUUUAAUUUACCUAUAGCUGUUUUUAAGACUCAUUUUAGUGAAAUGUAAUUUAGAACUAUUUCAAAUAAUGAUGAGAAAAUUGAAGCAAUUAGCAAAUUAUAAUUAAAAAAAAUAGGUUUCUUUUAUUAUGUAAAUUAAAUGAAUAAUUAUUUAUUUUCUAAAUAAUAAAGUAUCUUAAUUGAAGAACCAAGAAUAAAUAAAUUAUCUUAAGCUAAAGAUAUAUAACCAAAAUUCUUAUUAGGAAGUAUGAUUAAUUAAUAUAAGAUUGGUGAAAGUAAUUUUACUUAACUUAAGAAUACUUUUAAAAACUUUUCAUUGAAAUAUAUUCUACUACCAAAAUUAAAUGAUAUUGCUAAAUUUUACAUGGAUUUAGAUCUUAAAUUAUUUACAUAAGAUUUUAAAUAAUAAAUGAUUAUUAAAUAAUUUAGUAAAUCAUCCUUUUUAUUGGAAAAAUAUAUAGAUUAUAAUUGUCAUUUUGUACCUACUAGUCAAAUUGAUAUUCUUAGAUAAUCAAUGUUUUUAGUUUUAAAAACUACAGAAAAUAAACCAUUUAGUGGAUAAAAAAAAAAGAAAUUUUAUUAUAAACCAAUCUAAAAUAAAAAUAAAAUUUUAUAGAAUCCUAGAACAAGUAGAUCAGAGUUAACAGUAGCAAGUUCAUAGAUAAAUGACAACAAAAAAAUGAUGUUACCAAUAAAAAUGUCUUAAAGGAUAAAAAAAGAUAAAAUGAACACUUCUGAUAUACAUGGAUCAAAAUCUAGUUCAAGUUCAAAUAAUCUAACUUAAGGUUAUUAAUUGAUGAAAGAGACUCAAAAGGAUACAAGUAAAUUACCUGAUUUUAUGAAAUAACUUCCUAUUACUUUGGAAAGUGAAAAAAAGGCUUUUACUUAAUAUAAUAAUGGUGAAUUAAGAAUACUUGUAAAUGGUGUUUAUUUGGAUUAUUCAAAUGUUUAAAAAAGAAUUAAUGCUAAUAUUCAUUAAAAAAAUUAGGAUGGUCCAAGAGGUUAGGAAGAAUAUACUUAAUUAAGGAGAAAGGAAUUUGAAAAAAAAAUAAUAAAGGCAAAAAAUUGGUCUGGAAAUAAUGUAUUAAUUAGUUCUCAUGUAUUAAUUUAAAAAUUUGAUGAUAUAUUUAAAAGUCUGAAUUAAAAAGAUAUUGAAAUUUGGCCAAAAUCUUUAAGUGGUAUUAUACUUAAUUUAAGAAAAUAUGCUUUUUAAAUUAUACAUUUCAAAUUAACUAAAUUUUUGUUUGAUUUAACUAUUUUAAUAAAUACAUUGUUUUUGGCACUAUAAGGUACUAUAAAUAGAAGAAUAAUUGAUAAUGAGGAAGAUAUAGCUACAGUAGUUUUAUCAACAGAAAUAAUUUUACAAUUAAUUGUGUAUUAACCAAGUAUUUAAUUAUAAAAUAUUAGAAAGAAUAGCAAAAAAUAAACAUCAUGUAAUUGAACUUUUGAUUGUUGUACUUAGUUUAAUAGAGUUUGGAUUUAGUAAUUAUUUAAAUGUAAGUGAAUAAUAUCUUCGAUUAAUGAGAUCUACAAAAUGUCUUUUAUUUUAUAGGUGUAUACUCUAUAUUUAGAUGGCUAGAAUAAUAGGAGCAAUAGCUUCAAUUACUUAUAAAUCUUAUAUAUAUUUAACAUUUUUAAUGUUUUUUAUGAUAUUAACUUUCGGAUUGAUAGGAAUGGAAUUAUUUGCAAAUAAAUUUGAUGAAUUUCAUAAAGAAGGAUAUAUGUAAUCUUUUGAUGAUCCUGCAAAGGCAUUUAUGACUGUAUUUAAUAUUAUGACUAAUGAUGAUUGGUUUGGAGUUUAUCGUAUAGGUACUGAAGUUUAAACAGAAUUAGCAGUAACUUUUUCGAUUGCUUUAGUAUUUACUUUAAAUUAUUUUAUUUAUGGUAUUAUGAUGGCAAUAUUACUUGAUGGGUUUAGUUAAUAUUUAGAAAGAGAAUCUUCAAAUGAAGAGAAUGAAUUUAUGAAAGAAAAAAUUAAGUAGAUAAACAAACUAAAUAAAUAAUUAGAUUCAGAUUAAACUGAUGAUGAUUCUGAAAGUGAAAGUUCAAAUUCUAGUUCUUCUUCAAUUAAACAAUAUAAAGAAUUAGCUAACAAUGUUAUUGUUAAUAGUAUUAGAAAUUAAAGAAGAGAAAGCACAUCACCAGAAAAUCUAUUAGCAUCAUCAAGUAAUGUUAGAGAAUACUAGUAAAAGAGAGAUAGUUGUUUUACAGAAAAACUGUUCCAUUCUCUUUAAUUUCCUCCAAAUAGAAAUAGGAGACCAGAUUUAGUUAAUGAAUAAAAAAAGAAGAUCAAAGAUGACUUUAAUAGAUUGAAAAAUAAAACUAAUAUUAAUAUAAAUCAUUUAAAAGCAUAAGAUUCAAAAAAGAUCAAAUUAAUAUAGGAGAAUAUAGAAUAAAUUGAAAGACAACUUCUUAAAUAAAAUCCUAAAUUAUUUACUGGUAAUGAUUGUCUCUAAUCCUAUUAUAUUUUCCAUAAAUCUAAUAAUUUUAGAAAAUUACUCUUCAAAAUCAGUUAAAGUGAUUAUACUAAAUAUUUUAUUGACAUCACUUUACUAUUAUCUAUUACAUACUUAGCUCUACCAAAAGAUAUUUAAAAACAGCCUUUGCUUGUUACUUUAUUAUUUAUCUUGAAUUCUAUUAUUUUUAUAGAGUUCAUCAUCAAAUCAAUUGCUUAUGGAGUAUUCUUAGAUAAAGGAUCAUAUUUGAAUGUAAAAUUAUAAUUAAAAUUAAUAGUACACAUGGAAAAUAAUUGACUUGACUUACAUUGUAAUUUAUUAUGUUCAAUUUUUUAAAAUUGGUUAUUUACCUAUUUUUUAAGUUAUUGAAACAUUUUUAUUCUUUAGACCUUUAAAAUUAUUGUAUAGAAUAAGAUGGGUGGCAAGAGUAAGAGCAGCAUUGACUCAAUCUUUAUUUGAUAUUAUAAAUGUUUUUGUAGUCUUAUUGUUGGUUUGGUUAAUGUUUGCUGUUUUUUCGAUGAUGCUUUAUGCAGAUAAAUUGGGUUAUUGUGAAGAAUAAUUCAAUUAUGAUAUUGGAAUUGAGGAAUGUUAAUAAUAAGGUAAAUAAUGGAUAGUAUAUAAACAUAAUUUCGAUAAUAUUACAACUGCUAUGCCAGCCCUUUUUGUUAUAUCCACAUUUGAUGGAUGGGGAGCAAUCUUAUGGGCAUCAUAAAAUAGUAGAGAAUCUCAUAAUGGACCUCAUCCAUAUUAUAGUUAAGCACCUACUUAUGUUUUUUAUAUAGCCUUUUGCACAAUAGGCUCCAUGUUUUUUUUACAAUUAUUUACUGGAGUCCUAUUUAUAAAUCUAAAAGCCAAUUCUAAAUAGAUUGAGAAUUAAUAAUUAACUCAAGCCUAAUUAGAAUUCAAAAAAGUUACUGAAAUAAUUUUAUUUGAUCAUCCAGUUAGAUCCUCAUUACCAAAAUCAUAUAUUAGAAAGAUAUUAGCUACUAUAAUCACUAGUAAAUUUAUGGAUUUCUUUAUGUUUUCUAUUUUACUUAUAAAUUGUGUAACAAUAAUGAUGAUAUAUCACUCUGCUGAUUUUCAUUAUAAAAAAAUCAUUAAUCUAAUUAAUCAUGUUUGUACAAUUAUAUUUGCUAUUUGGUUGUUACUCUAAGCUAUUGCUCUAGGAAUUAAUAGAUUCAAAGAUAAUCCAUGGAGAUUAUAUACAACUGUAGUAAUCAUUUUAGGUGUUAUUGAUUUAUUAGUAGAUUUUAUCUGGAAUUGGUUCCAAUUAUAUGUGAAUUCUACAUAAUUGACUCCUUAUUAUUAACUAUUAAGAGUGAUGUUUAUGUUAAGAAAUUUGAGAGUAAUAAUCUUAUUCUAAGGACUUUAAAAACUUUAAAGAUUAGUAAGAGUGAUCUCAUUUGCUUUUCCCUUUUUAUUUAAAAUCUUAUUUAUUUUAUUAAUAAUAAUGGUUGUUUUUGCAUUUUAUGGAACUAUGCUAUUUGGUCAUAUUGAUAAAGGAGAAGUAAUAAAUGAUUUAAUUAAUUUUAAUAAUUUUUGGUUAGCAAUAUUAACUUUAUUUAAAUGUGUAAGUGGUGAUGAUUUUAGGAGUAUAAUGAAUGAUUGUAUGCAUCAUAAUCCUUAUUGUCAAGAAGAUCCAAAAUAUUGUGGAUCUCCUUAUUCGUAAAUAUAUUUUAUUUUAUUUAUGUUGAUUUCUAAUUAUGUACUUUUAAACCUUUUUGUUUUGGCAAUGAUUGAAUAAUUUGAAUUAUUUUUUAAUAAUUAGGAUUCAAUUUUAUAGACAUAUGUAGAAAAUAUAGAUACAUUUAGAAAAGCAUGGUUUAAGUUUUCUUGUAAUCAUGGCUAAUUUUUAAAUAUUAAAAACUUACCUUUUCUUUUAAUGGAAAUAAAAGAACCAUUAGGUUGUAAAUCUUAUGAAAAUUAAUGGGAUGCAGCUAAAUUCAGUUUGUAAUAUAAUUUAAUAAGUGAUGAAGAAAACAGAAUUACUUAUAAUUAAUUAUUAUAUGAAAUAUUUUUUCAUAGAUACAAGAAAUUAAUUUUAGGUUAAUGUUCAGAAAUUGCUGCAGAAAAGAUGUCAUAUUAUCAUAGGACUAUGAAUUUUAGAUUAGCAUAUCAUAGGAGAGGAUAGAAAUUUAGGAGAAGUAAUAUAGGUCCAUAAUUGAAAUUAAAAGGAAAUUGCAAUGCUCUUUACUUUUAGUUAAUUGCUUUGACUACAUUCAAAGUAUGGAAAAGUUACACAUAAUAGAUGAUUUCAAAUAUCCUCACUGAACAUUAAUAUUUUUCUGAUAGAACAAUAAAAGAUACUGAACCUAUUAGACAUUCAAUAUCCUUAAAAAGUAUGGAGAGCCAAGAAUCUCGAAUUAAACUAAAUGAUAAACCUAUAUAUUAGAAAAGAAGAUUAGGAAGACUAAAGAGAGUGUCAUUAUAAGGUUAAUUAAAUGAUUAUUUACCUGGAGAUUUAAUAAAUGUAAAUUAUAUUUUAAAAUAAUUCUAGCCUAAACCAGUUUUGAAAAGAAAAAGCAGUUUUGGUAUUAAUGUAGAAGAAGGCAAUGUUCAAUCAGUUUAUGAUACAGUAAGAGUUUAAAAAAUGAAAUGAUGUAUAAUCUAC